CAUUCUUCAGUUCAAUGUAAACAAUCAACCCGUUCGGCAAUGAAAAGUGCCCUAAUUCUGUGCCUGUCCCUAGCGGUGGUGGCUUUGGCCAUCAACAGUGAUAAUCCGGACAAGCGGAUCGCCGAAGGCGAACAAGCCGAGACCAACGGAUUUCCCUUCGUGGUUGGAAUUCUGAUUUCCGAAGAUGAAGCCCACGCGUUUUGUGCGGGAAUCCUCGUUACACCGGGUCAUGUGCUAACCACGGCCAACUGUGUGAUUCGUCAAACGAUGCUGACGGUGCUGCUGGGAUCAACGGACAUAACCCGCAUGUCGCAGUUCCUGCCGGUGACGCGAGUCCUGCUGCACUGGAACCAUAGCGCAACGGUUAUAAGCAGGGCAGAUCUUGCGCUGCUAACGCUGGCCCGUGCCGCCAAUCUGAACGAAAACGUUGCGGUAGCUCAACUUCCCCGAUGGUCCCAAGUUGGAACCACCUUCGAAGGCUUCGGAUCGUCAAUGGUCGGCUGGGGUGAGAGUGGCCACCGGGUGGACGAGGUCGUUCCGCUGCAACACCUGCAAAUUGUUCGCAAUCCGAUAAUUAGCAACUCGGCCUGUGGAAGAACGCAUAACUUCAUCCGUGAUGAGCACGUCUGUACGGCCGGCGAUAAUGGAGGUCCGUGUCACGGUGACGAAGGAGGUCCAGUAAUGAUAACUGAGGCUGGUCAACUGACUGUAAUUGGCAUACAUUCGUUCCAUUUUACGGGCAUUGGGGGAUGUGAGCGAGGCCGGUCGGCGGUUCACACCAGGCUUACCGAGCAUCUGGACUGGUUGGUGGAACACACCGGAGUUUAUAUCAGACCGUAAGCUUCUGGAUUGUUGGUGAUUGGCCACCUGUGAAGAAUAAAUCAGUACUUGCAAAUGUGA